AUGGGAACGAUGAUGGAAACGGAGUCGGUGAAGUCGGAACCGGGCAGUAAAAGCAGAAGAUCACGCACCUCAGGUGGUCACCAUCACCAGCAGCUGCAGCAGCAACAACACAGCACCCUCGGAGGAUCGCACAGGACGCGUCAUUCGCAUCGCAACAGCAACAACCAUUCGCGUGGUGGUCCUAACAAACGCCCCGAUAUGGCCCCGUUUCAGACGAGCGUAAAUCUCGGGGAGGAUGGCCGUGAUGGGCAGGAGAUCAUCGAGGUGUCAAUUCUGCCGCAGGACGAAACGUGGGGUGACAACACGACCGCGAUCACAGGCAACACGUCGGAGCAGAGCAUCUCGAUGGAGGAUGUCAGUUACUUCCAGAUGUCCGAUGACCGUGGCGUAGGAUUCGCCUGCCAGCGGUACCUCGAGCGGGGUCUUGCCGUGUUGCUGUGUGUGGUCGCAUUCGCCGGUCCCCUGGCUAUGGUGAUCCUGCCAAAGUUGGGUUUCUUCCCAUCGGCCUUCGAGAGCCUGGAUCUUACGCCAAACGAGCGCGUACGGUUACUGGCGUGUAAUGCGGAAUGCAAAGGCAUGCUGGUGUCACUGGCAGCCCGGUUGUUGCUGCUUGCGAUCGGUUUGUGGGCGUUGUUCCUGCGUAAACCGGCCGCCAUCAUGCCCCGGAUCUUCCUGUUCCGGUCGUGCGCGUUGCUGCUCGUACUGAUUGCGUCCUUCGCGUACUGGCUGUUCUACAUCGUGCAGGUGACGGAAGGUGCCCGUGCGAUUGUGGCCGGAUCGGAUGUCGUCGAUUACCGGACGUUGGUUGCGUACGCCACGAGCUACUGCGAUACGUUGCUGUUCGUCCACUACGUGGCCGUGGUGCUGCUUGAAAUUCGUCACCUACAACCUCUGUACCACGUGAAAGUGAUCCGCAGCCCGGAUGGGGAGUCACACAGCUACAGCAUUGGUCAGCUAAGCAUCCAGCGUGCGGCCGUUUGGGUCCUGCAGCGGUACUACACCGAAUUCAGCAUCUACAACCCGUACCUCGAGCGGUUACCCGUCUCAAAGGCACAGCGAAAAGCGGCCGCCGUGUCGUCCUUCAAGUACUACGACGUAGACGGUGCGACUCCUGCACAGCAGCAAAGCCAAUCACGUGCUGUCCUGGCGGCACACGCACGCCGGCGUGAUUCCUCACACAACGAGCGGUUCUACGAGGAGCACGAGUACGAGCGGCGUGUGAAAAAGCGCCGUGCACGGCUUGUAACCGCCGCCGAGGAAGCUUUCACACACAUCAAGCGCAUGCAGCAACCGCAACAGCAGCAGCAGCAACAGCAAAUGCACGACCAGCAAAGUGAUGCUGGUGCUGCACCACCAGCAAUUCCGCUUGAUCCGCAGGAAGCCGCUCAGGCCAUCUUCCCGUCGAUGGCACGCGCGCUUCAGAAAUAUCUGCGUGUGACACGCCAACAACCCCGACACACGGUCGAGUCGAUCCUGAAGCACCUUGCACACUGUCUCAAGCACGACAUGACGCCACGUGCCUUCCUUGAGCCAUACCUCGUCGAGGCACCGGUUCUGCAGAACGACAAGGAACGUCGACCGAACCACAAUUGGUCGCUUAUCUGCGACGAGCUGCUAUCCCGGCCACUCUCCGAUGGCUGCACAUUUCAGCUGAUCCAGAACGACGUCUCGCUGACGGUGUCCAUCCACCGGAUACCGCAUUUCACCGUCAGCGAGGAGGUGGUCGAUCCCAAAUCGAAUAAGUUUGUGCUGAAGCUCAACUCGGAGACGAGUGUGUGA